GCCGUAUCAUUCCCGAAGGACUAUAAGACAUUUGGGAGGCCCAAGGAAAGCUACCAUCCAAUCUAAACUGUCCUGCAACUCAGGUGUCCUACUUAGCAGCCAUGAAGUUCUCUCUUGCCGCCCUUGUUGUCAUGCUUGCUUUGGCGCACGGAAGCCAAGCAGCACAGUCCCCCGAGUUUGAGAAGCUGGCACAGUACUUCCAGGAUCUGUCAGCUCAGCUGACCUCCACCACUCAGGAGCUGGUGCAGAAGAUCCAGGCAGAGACCUUCUUAGAGGAUGGGAAGGCCCAGCUGCAGCAGAUCCAGGCCAAGCUGGCACCCCUGGCCGAUAACAUGCAGGCCCAGCUGAAGCCCCUGGCUGAGAACAUGCAGGCUCAGCUCAAGCCUCUGGUUGACAACGUCCAGGCUCAGAUAGAAGACCUCUUCCGCAAGGUGAUGGACCAGACAAAGGCCCUCGGCCAGUAAAGCAGCUCUUUUUCAACAACCUGACCAUCUUGGACCGAAUCAACAGCUCCAUAGCAGCCAAAACCAGUCCACCAAGAGUUGGAACCAGACAAACCUUCUGUUUAAGUCGUCUGCAUUUGUGCCAAGACCAAUGUUGUUGACAUGCAAAGACAGACAGUAGUAAUCCAGAACAUCAUUAAAACUUGUAAACUGG